AUGGAUAUUGAUGCCACCAAUGCUAAUAAUAAUAUCAAUGAUUAUACAACUGGUGAAAAAGCAAAUCAAGAAAACAACAGCCCAUUGCCUCAUGGUGCCAAGAGACUUAGACUUGGUUCUAAUGAUAAUGACAAUGACAAUAACAAUGCUAUCAAUGAUCUCGUAACUUGA